GGUUUCGACUGGCAGGAGACUGGGUGUCUGGGCCCCAUGGUGUUUGGGGUUGAUGACUUUGGGUAGGAGUCUCCGCCCAGUGUGUGCUGUCUGCACCGUUCGUUGAGACGGCGAGAGGGGAACUGAGCCCAUUAACACUUCAAUCAGCUCGUGGGUUGGUUUUGCUCCGAGGUGAAGUUACUGUCCGGACUCUGGGAUGCAGUACCGCGGCCCCUGGCCCCUCGAGUUCUCCUUGCUCGGCCCCAAUCCCGUCCAUCCCACGCCGUUUUACAUCGAGGAUAUACUAAGACGCGAACGAGUCAGCUCACCGCACCUCGCCGCUCUCCCGGCCGUCCUGCCGCCUCUCCUUCCACCGGCGCCCGGCUACAGAAGCGGGUUGUAUCAGGACGUCAGUCCCGGGUAUUUCGGUCUGGCUCCGCACUUGUACAGGGCUCCGCUCCUCCCCGACAGCCCGGCUUCGGGAGAGCUCGGGCAUCAACUCUACAGACCGCUGGCUGAAGGCAAGCAGUUUUACUGGAAUCCAUUUGCAACGCGCACCUUGUACAAAAGGAAAGGAGGCCAGGUGAGAUUUUCCAACGAUCAAACUCUCGAGUUGGAGAAGAAGUUCGAGAACCAGAAGUACCUCUCACCCCCCGAGAGGAAGCAGUUGGCUAGAGUCCUACAGUUGAGUGAGAGGCAGGUCAAGACCUGGUUCCAGAACAGAAGAGCGAAGUGGCGGAGACUGAAGCAGGAGCAACCUGAGGAUGAGAAGGCUAGGUGUCUCAGAGGAAUGGAGGAGGAAUCCAUGGUACCCAGGCAGCAGGAAGACAGCGAAGGGAUAUCGCCACAGGUGACGGAGGACAUCACUCAACGGGAAACCUCUCCCCUUUGCCCUCAGGCUCCCACGGGGACCGAUUCACAGAGCCCAGAGCUGGACAGUGAUGUUGAGGUGGAUGUUGGUUGCAAUGAAGAUGGUGACUCCAGCCACAUAUCCCCUGAGGAGACAGCCAGCAGAGAGUGAACUGGCCCGGCUUUCCAGCUCUUCGAAUUGAGCUCAAAUGCUCUUGGUAUCACCUUCAUUCCUUAUAAAUGUGGACAACAGCAAUGUUGGGGUCCAGGGAGAAAGCACUAAACCUCAGGUCACCUUCAAACAACAGCUCAUUCCCCACCAUACUUCGGAGAAAUAUAUCUGCUACCCUUUCCCAGUCUGGUUUUCUAGACUCAAGUCAGGAGUGAGUGAGUACACACUUCAGUUGCCUGAGUGCAGUUAGUCCACGCACUCCAGAUCUGCCUCACUUCCUCUCCCCGAUCUAUAGGUCAAGAGGGAGAGGAAAGAUUCUCCACUUGCCUGGGUGGGGUUAGUCUAUGAAGUCCACAUCCGCCACAUUGCCUGUCCCCCCAUGCAAGUCAGGAGUGUGAGGAACCACUCUCCACCUUGAGCGCAGCUCCAACAGUCAACUCUGCCCAGGACAUGGCAGCUGGUAGACUGGUGACCCAUCCACACCCUAAGCACUCCCUCUCUCCACCUCCAGCGCACAGUAUAUAUGGUCUACAUAAUACACUGCCACAGAUUGUCCAUGCCACUCCAGCAGCACCCCACAAACCCAUGAUCCAAACCACCAGGAAGGUCCAGGACAGCAAUCACGUGGGGACCGCCACCGACUGGUUCCCCUUCAAGUUUCAUUAUCACCGUUCCUUCGUCAUCGCCGGGUCUAAGUCCUGGAAAUCCCUCUGCAACAGCACGGGGAGACCCUUCACCAAAGGGACCACAGUGACUAAAGGGAGACCAUCACCACCUUCUCAGGGGUAACGAAUGCUGGUCUGGUCAGUGAUGCUCAGCUCCAGAGGGAACAGUUGAGAAAAGGGAAUAGUGGUGUGGUAGUUAAGUCAAGGGAGUAUACGUGGCAGAGAGGUGGAGCCUAGGAAACUUAAAUUGGUGUUGGUAUUGGUUUAUUAUUGUCCCAUGUAUCGAAAUAUGGUGAAAAGCUCGUCUCGAGUACUUUGCAUAUGCGUCAAAUCAUUACAGAGCGAAUUAAGGAUUAGGAGGGUUCUUAGCAGAGUGGAGGAACAGAGGGAUCUUGGGAUUCACAUUUAUAGGUCCCUCAAAGUUGCGGAGCACAUUGACAGGUUACGAAGGCGUAUGGUAUAUUGGCCUCCGUUAGUCUGGAAUUGAGUUCAAGAGCUGGAAGGUGACGUUGCAGCUCUAUAAAACCCUAGUUAGACCGUACUUGGAGUAUUGUGUUCAGAUCUGGUCAUCUCAUAAGGAGGGUCUGGAAGCUUUCAAGAGGAAAUUUACCAGAACGUUGCCUGGAUCAGACGAUGAGAUGGAAUUAUUAUUCUUGAGAUGAGUGAACAGCCAGAGACCUUUCUCAGGGUGGAAAUGGUUAAUAUGAGGGGCCAUAAUUUUAUGGUGAUUGGAGGAAAGUGUAGGGGGUUGGCAAAGGUAAAUUUUCUACACCAAGGUGGGUGCAUGGAACACGCUGCCAGGGGUGAUGGUAGAGGCAGAUACAUUAGAGGCAUUUGAGAUAUUUUUAGAUAGGUAUAUGGAUGAUAGAAAAAUGGAGGGUUAUGUGGGAGGGAGGGGUUAGGUUUAUCUUAGAGUAGAUUAAAAGCUUGGUUCAACAUCAUGGGCCAAAGAGCCUGAACUGCUGUAAAAUUCUAGCUUCUAUGUACUGCAGGUACAGUAUAUUUAAGCUAGAGUAAGGUAAAACACCAACAAUACAUAAUAAAGAGUAAAAGCUACAGAGAGAGCACAGGACAGGUACAUAAUAUGAUGCAAGAUCAGUACGAGGUACGUAGAUUGUGAGGUCAAGAGUCCAUCUUAUCAUACGAAAGGAUGAAAGGUCUGUUCACGUGUCUAAUAACAGUGGGACAGAAGUUGUUCUUGAACCCGGUAGUUCACACUUUCAGGUUUUUGUAUCUUGGGCCCGAUGGGAAAGGGGAGAAGAGAAGAUGCCCAGGGUGGGUGGUAUCUUUACGCUGGUUGCUUUACUGAGGCAGUGUGAAACGUAGCCAGAUUCAGGUUCAAUGGUUCAAGUUAAUAUCGGAGAAUGUAUGAAGGAUACAACCUGAAAUCCGUACUCUUCACAGACGUCCACAAAACAGAAGAAAAACCCCAAAGUAUGAAUGAUAGAAAAUGUUAGAGACCCAAAGUUCCCCUCCUCCCACCCACGCAUAAGCAACAGCAAAAGGAUCAACCCUCCCCUCCCCCACUUACUCCAGCAAAAGCAUCUACCCUCAGCACUCACCAAGCAAGCAAAUGCAAAGCCCCCCAGAGACCAUGAUCUAGAGUCCGUCAAAAAACCACUGUCCAUCCCAACCCUUGGACAUCUCAGACAGGCUCUCUCCCUGACUAGCAAUGGGUAGAGAGAGAUAUCACUCCUGCCACAGCAAGAAGGAGACCAACAGCUGGCUGUUUCGAUGUUACAAUCUGCUGUGUUGCUUAUUUUGACAGCAGCAUACACUGCUGUCUCGAAGUUUCAAUCUCUCGUUGUGCUUCAGUUGGUGACACCACUGAGGAAUUGGGUCACCCACAGGGUUGUUCCAAAGAUGCACGUCUUCCAGGACAUAAAUGAAGGUAACAAAACAGUCAGGCCACUCGGAGAGCUUCACGAGCGAGAACUCACCGCUGUAGAUCAUGGACUCCGGCAGGAUCCCAGCCACCUUGAAAAGGAAAGAAGAGAUAAAUAUUCAGGUUAUGAACUGGAGCUGGGAUCAAUAAUGACUGCACAUGAAGGUCCAUCUGAUCUACAGAUUCAGACUUAUCUAUUACAUCUUUAUUGAAACAUACAUUGAAAUGUGUCAUUUGCAUUAACAACCAACACAAACUAAGGAUGUGCUGGGGGCAGCCCGCAAAUGUCGCCACACAUUCCGUCGCCAGCAUAGCAUUCCCAUAAUGCUCAGGAGAGUAAUGCAAGCAACAAUAAAACAAAAACAACAAAAGAAGCCCCUUUCCACACACACGUAGGCUCUAAUCCCAGGACAUGGUGCCUGCCCAGUUCCAGGCCUGGACAUGCGAGUGGUGAUGUCGGGUCCCUGACAUCCAGACAUGCCGAACCAGGCUUCAGGAAAGGAAGGGUGCACCACCUGCCUUCCUUCAUACUCCACCACCGUGAUACACUCACAAUGGUGCCUCAGCUCAGCUCCAGCAGUUCCAGUCCCAUCCCUCAUGCCCAUGCCCCCCCCCCCCCCCCCGAGAAAAUUAAGGUUGUUGCUGUGACACAAUUAAUUGGGGUUUUCUGCUGUUACUUGAAAGGUAGGUGGUUGAAGCCACAGUUGCGCAGCAGGUAGCAUAAAGCUAGUACAGUGCUGGCAACCCAGGUUAAUUCUGCUGGUCUGUCAGAAGUUUGUUCUCCCCGUGUGGGUUUCCUCUGGGUGCUCCAGUUUCCUCCCACAAGACGUACGAGUUGGUAGGUUAACUGAGUGUAAUUGGGGUUGUUGGGUCAGAAGAGACUGUUGCUGUGCUGUAUCUUACAAUAAAGAAAUAUAUUAAAUAAAAUACCAAGAAGAGAUCCACUCUGGCUGUCUCCAACUAGCUAACCUGUUAGCGCUAACUAAAAAAUGACAAAGUUAGCCACGUGGACAGCACACUACCAGAAACCCACAACGAGUGCACUGGCCCAUUCUGAGAACAUCAGGAGCUCUCCACUGUGAAUCCUUGACAUCUCUCACCUCCUGUUGCGUUGACCAAUCUCCCCUCAUAGAACAGUACAGCACAGAAACAGGCUUUUCCACCCCCACUGCUGCUUUGAACCAAUUCAAUUAAUAAUCAAACAGGCAAUUAAACUAAUCCCUUCUGCUGACACAAUGUCCACAAUGACCUCUUCUCACCUUAAAUUCAUUGCCCUCUCAUAUAAGAAUUUUAACCCUGGGGAAAAAGGCACUGUCUAUCUAUGGCUCUCAUUAUCUUAUAAAUCUCUCUCAGCAUCCACUGCACCAGAGAAGACAAACUCAGUUUGUACAACCUCUUGCUGUAGCACAUGCCCUCUAAACUAGGCAACAACCUGGUAAACCUCUUCUGCACCCUCUCCAAUUGACACCAAUUAGGCCUCUCAUCUCCAUUAGGCCACCUCCAUCCCAGAUCCAGAGGUGGUGUAAAUCCCUUGAUCCGAGUACACUCUCCCAAGGGGUUGUCUGUGGUGGGUGCUCAGGUGGCUGUAGAGGCCUCUCUGGGAUCCACAUGUUAGGGUGGGUUUUCUGAAACGGCAUGAUUUCGUUUAACGUGGGUGGCUGAUGCACGGGCAGCCACCACACAGUCCAUGUCAGAUUGGAGUUGGGGUCCAGUGACAUGCAAUGCAAGAUGACUGGGCACCCUUCCCUGCUGCAGCUAUCCUCCGCCUUCACUGUUAUUGUGAUGUGUUAUCAUUUUCUGCCAGCUCACCGCUGAGGUUUUGGUUCCAGAACCUUUGGCUGGAACCAACCCCCCCGUUGACCUUUCCACCAUGGGUGACCCUACCAGGAGCUAAUUGCCAGCUGGCUAAUCUCCAGAGUGCAUCACUCUCAGGACCUCAGGAAGUCACAGGCUUCUCCACCACAACAAGGUGAUGGUCCUCGGACAAGAGAUGGUGCAUCUGUGUGGGCUUUUAGUGACCGGUGUCUCCCCACUUUCUCAGACCCACUCUAGCAGUGCUUGGAACUAGCCAACGGUGUCCUAGCAACAGUGGCCUAUGGUUUACAAUCUCAGGACGAAGGGACGUAAAACACACCGCUCACACCAUAUUUUAGGAAUACUGGUCCCAUGGCCUCAUUCUCUGAUGCCAGUGAAAAGUUUUAUCUUUUUAUACUUGCAUUUUCAAAGUUGAUUUGCAUAUUUUGAAUAAA